UAGCUAUAAAAGCACUGUGUGAUUAUUAACCGUUGAAGUGAAGCCGAGCGUCUUGUGUGAGACCAAGUAUUUCUGCACAUUACACUUUUUUGUUCAACCAUAACUUUUAUAAGAAAUGAGGGAAAUUGUUCAUCUACAAGCUGGCCAGUGUGGAAACCAAAUUGGAGCCAAGUUCUGGGAGGUGAUCAGCGACGAACAUGGAAUCGAUCCCACCGGUACCUAUCAGGGCGACAGUGAUCUCCAGCUGGAGAGGAUCAAUGUCUACUACAACGAGGCUACGGGCGGCAAAUAUGUCCCCCGUGCCGUCCUGGUGGACCUGGAGCCUGGCACAAUGGACUCCGUGAGGUCCGGACCAUUUGGGCAGGUGUUCAGGCCGGACAACUUUGUGUUUGGCCAGAGUGGUGCUGGAAACAACUGGGCGAAGGGCCACUACACUGAGGGAGCGGAGCUGGUGGACUCGGUCCUGGACGUGGUGAGGAAGGAGGCGGAGAGCUGCGACUGCCUGCAGGGUUUCCAGCUCACCCACUCCCUGGGCGGGGGCACGGGCUCCGGCAUGGGCACCCUGCUCAUCAGCAAGAUCCGAGAAGAGUACCCCGACCGCAUCAUGAACACGUUCAGCGUGGUGCCCUCUCCCAAAGUGUCGGACACCGUGGUCGAGCCGUACAACGCCACGCUGUCCGUGCACCAGCUGGUAGAAAACACGGACGAGACCUACUGCAUUGACAAUGAGGCCCUGUACGACAUCUGCUUCCGCACGCUCAAGCUGACCACGCCCACCUACGGCGACCUCAACCACCUGGUCUCCGCCACCAUGAGCGGGGUCACCACCUGCCUGCGGUUCCCCGGGCAGCUCAACGCCGACCUGCGCAAGCUGGCCGUCAACAUGGUGCCCUUCCCCCGCCUGCACUUCUUCAUGCCCGGCUUCGCCCCCCUCACCAGCCGGGGGAGCCAGCAGUACCGCGCCCUCACCGUGCCCGAGCUCACCCAGCAGAUGUUCGACGCCAAGAACAUGAUGGCGGCCUGCGACCCGCGGCACGGCCGCUACCUCACGGUGGCCGCCGUGUUCCGCGGCCGCAUGUCCAUGAAGGAGGUGGACGAGCAGAUGCUGAACGUGCAGAACAAGAACAGCAGCUACUUCGUGGAGUGGAUCCCCAACAACGUCAAGACGGCCGUGUGCGACAUCCCGCCCAGGGGCCUCAAGAUGGCCGCCACCUUCAUCGGCAACAGCACGGCCAUCCAGGAGCUGUUCAAGCGCAUCUCCGAGCAGUUCACCGCCAUGUUCAGGCGCAAGGCCUUCCUGCACUGGUACACGGGCGAGGGCAUGGACGAGAUGGAGUUCACGGAGGCCGAGAGCAACAUGAACGACCUGGUGUCCGAAUACCAGCAGUACCAGGACGCCACUGCAGAAGAGGAGGGCGAGUUUGAGGAUGAGGGAGAAGAGGAGCUGGCUUGAACCACACACUGCCUUAAUGUCACAUGCGUUUCCUUUUGCUGUCAGUGCUUGUUUCCUUGUUUCACUGGCAUUCAUUUGGCUUCAUAUUGAUGCAGUCUAGCUAAAACUAUGCACUGCCUAAUGUCACAUGCGUUUUCAACGGUUUUCUAGUUUGUCUCUGACGUUUUGUUUCUGUAUUCCUCGUGUUUCCCUUUUCUGCCAGUGCUUUUUUUCCCUGUUUCACUGGCAUUUAAAAGUUAUAGAAAUAAUUUGGCUUCAUAUUGAUGCAGUCUUUAAAUAAAAAAGUUUUGAUGGUG